GUAGACAGAACAAAUAGUAGAAAGACAUAAAGAUGCCUUUAGAUAACAACAAAUAAAUAUUAAGUCGCGAUCGAUUGUCAUAAAAAAUAUAUUUUUACUGUAACAACUGUUGUCAUAGAUACACUUUGUAUUUCUAUAUUUUUGUGAUCAUUUGAAAAGCCAGUAGUAGUAGUUGUUCUGCUAACGCAGCAUACGGCCGUACUUGAAAAAUUCUUCAUCGAAAUAAGUCUAGAAAAUUUAUUGUUUGAAAAAAAAAAUAUAAGAUUAAUAAUUUAAAUUAUAUUUAAUUUUCUUCUUCAAUAGAAUUUAGAAUUAUUAAAUAUUAUUGUGUUAUACUGUCAGAAUAAUGGAGUGUAAUAAAAUAAUAUUAUUUUAUUAUUGUUUAUUUAUUGUCACUGUUUCGUGCAGUAAUAAAAAAAUUUAUACGCCUCCAUCAGAAGACGAUCCAUCAAAACGUCUCAUUAGCCAUGCGAGAGAAAUAGUGGAGGAAUGUUUUACAAAUAAUUUGAAUCCAAUUGUAAUAAGUGCUGAUUUAAUUAAUGACGAUGACAAAGUUAAAAAUCCAACUGAUAUUCAUAAUACGAAUUCGUCAUUAAUUAUAAUUAACGAGGAUGUCAAGCCAACUAAAAUCGAAGGGCACAUUCCUGCUUAUCCGACGUAUGUCCUUUUGUUUGAAUCGGUUCCAAAACUGGCAGCGCUGAUUGGAGAGUUAGGAAAAUCAAAAAUCUGGAGUAUCAAGUCUCCGUUUUUCGUUCUCGACAUGACUAAAGAUCCACUUUGUAUCAAUGCUCAAAUCGUACUAGGACUACUGUGGGAAUAUAAUUUAUUAUCUGCAUAUUAUUUGUGUUAUAACAAUGACAGAGAUUCGACGAUUAUUUACACUUUAAAUCCCUUCACAAAUUACGCUCCGUCACCGUGGGACCCAGUUGAUGCUAGUGACGCGAUUAUAAAUAAAGCUGAAAAGAAAUGGACAUUCUACAGUCUAAAAUAUUCAAAAGGUGAAAAUAUAUGUCAGGAUAUAAUUUUUAAGAAAACAAAAUACUUAGACCGUUAUAAAAUAAAAACAAUAUCUUUUGGGAAAUUUCUAAAUACAACUUCAGAUGAAGCAGAAAAAAUGGUAAACAAUUAUAUGAAAUUGAUGACAGAUAAAAAAUCAACAACAUUAUACACAUUAAUUCCGUACAUUAAUGCAACAUAUUUAGCUUACUUCUCGAAUUAUGGUAUUACCAAAAAAAUCAUAAAUGAUGGUUACAUUGACGGGUUAGUACGAAAAAAGUAUGAUGCCUACGAUAGAGUAGCGCAAUUAGCAGAUACUAACUAUCAGUUUACGGAUGUUAUAACACAGUAUACUUUAUUUGAAUAUUCAAUUUUGACUAGAAAGUCGAAUUAUUUGACGGCAAUCAGCGAAAUAACUUACAAUCUACAAUUCAUUAUUCUUUCAAUUGUUUUUCUGUUAUUGAUAUUAGUGGUCAUAUUAAUUAAUAAUACCUUCAGGAUUAGUGAAAGUAUUAUGGACGUGGUGAGAAUGUUGGCCAAUAUGGGAGUUAUGUCUCCAAUGGACCGUUUGUCUAUGAGAAUCAUUUACUUCUCCGGAUUUCUAUUUAUAUUUAUAAUAAUGCCCGAGUUUCAGGGACAAAUAUCCGCAAUUUUGUCAAGACCAAUCCGACGUAACGUCGAGUCGCUUAAAGAUCUUCAUGACAACAAGUAUCACGUAUAUUUUGACGGACUCUUAGAGAAUGACAUGAUCAAUCAAAAGUUGUGGGUUACUGAUGAGGACAGAAAAUAUUUGCAUCCAUCAGAUCUUGUAGAUCUUGAUAAAUGCGCAUAUCGGGCUCAAGAAAAUCCAACUAUUGCAUGUAUUGACACGACUUUGUAUCAAUUAGAUCGCGCUUUAAAAUUAAAAAACCUAUAUGUUUCAAAAGACGUCAUAUUUAGUAAAUAUUUCGCAUACUGGACAAGGAAGGAUUGGCCGAUAAAAGAUAGAAUCGAUAAAAUUGCUGCACUAUCGGUGGAAACAGGCUUAGCUGACUAUUUUUUUGACAAACCGAGCAAAAAAUAUUCGAAAAAAUUAAAGAAGAUUAAUAAAAUUAAAGCAAAAGAAAAAUAUGAGCAGAUUGACUUUGAUAAUUUGGUGUUCAGUUACAUGAUCACUGGGGGGAUUUUACUGUGGAGUGUGUUCAUUUUUGCAAUCGAACUCCUUUUCCAUAAAUAUUCGAAACUUCGCAAACAAGUUCUGAUAAGGCGACGGUUCGGGAAUAGAAAGUCAUUGAGAUCGCAACCGAGAAUUGUUUUCUUUCCUGGGCGAAUGGUUCUUCUUAAUAGCCGUGAGUGAUUGUUAUCUCGAAAUCAAGUAUCAAAUUAGUAAUAAAUCCGUUAUUAUUAUUCACUGAUUGGUUGAUGUGGAUUUGAUAAUUGCACUCGAUGAUGCUCAAAAAAGAUGUCACCGCAAGUUUUGGUCACUAAGUAAAUAAUAAUUUAAACUCUCAAAUAUUUUAACAAGUAUUAAUGAUACACGAAAUAGAACUUUAAUCUUUUCUGUGGAGCAUAAAUGUAUCUUCAAAAAAAAUCGAUUCAACUUUUUCUUAAAAUCGAUAUUUAAUCCUCCAGAAAUUAAAAAUUUGAUAACGGAUUAACUCUUCAAAAAAUUAAACCGCUGCUUAACAGUUUAAAGUAGAAUAAAUAUGGUGUUGUUUGUCAUUAAUAAUUAUAAAUCUGCAACUUUCAUGUAUUGAGUGUAUUGAUUAAUAAAUAAAAACAAAUUAUAAAGUUAU